AUGGGAAAAACAAUAGAAGAAGCACUGCAGUUAUUGAAUGAAAUUUCUGAAAAUGUCAUUCAAUGGCUAUCUGAGCGUGUAAUCAUCAAAAAGACCGCUACGGUAAAUCAAGUUGAUGCUUUAAACACACUAACACAACAGAUUGUUUCUUUGGCACAAAAAUUUGAAUCUUUUCAGGCGAAUACAAAACAAUCAAGCCAGUCUGAGGCUUGUGAUAUGUGUGGAGGAAACCAUCUGAAUCAUGAAUGCCAAGCAAUAAAUCAAAAUGAUAAACAUAUCAAUGUAAUCGGUUACAAGCAGCACCCCUUUGGAAGUCUAAUGGCACAUAAACAUCCAGGAUUUCAAUGGAGCAAUCCAAAUAGUGUCGAGAACUCUCAGAGCUUCCAGAAGCCACAGCAAAUGCCUCAGCAAAUACAUCCAAGUCAUGAUGGCCUUUUGUACAAAUACAUUAAGGUCGCUGAUAAAAAAAUGGAAAGCCAAAAUUCAGCCCUUAAAAAUUUGGAAAUCCAGCUGAGCCAAUUGGCAACUCUUAUGUCAGAAAAAAUUCAAGGCCCCUUACCAAGCAAUACGGAGAAAAACCCAAAGGAACACCCUAAGGUUAUCACCUUACGAUCAGGUAAGGAGCUUGAUGAACCCAAUAAAGUCAGAGAAGAAAAGAACCAGUCAGAACAACAGGUAAACAAGGGUAAGAAUGUUGAAACACCCUCUAAACCAUUAGAAGAUAAAGAAGUCAAGAAAAAAGAAGAGAAAAAUAUUGAAAAAAUGAUUCCUCCCCCUGUGACAAUUCAUUUUCCACAAAAAAUGAAAAGAGAAAAGCUUGAUGGCGAAUUUGCAAAGUUUUUAGAAAUUUUGAAACAAAUUCAUAUUAAUAUUCCUUUCACUGAUGCUUUGAUGCAAAUGUCUUCAUAUGCAAAAAUUUUAAAAGAAAUUUUGUCAAGUAAAAAGAAAUUGGAAGAAAUUUUUGUAGUAACGCUUACUGAAAAAUGCAGUGCUAUACUUCAAAAUAAGCUACUACAAAAAUUUGGUGAUAUUGGCAGUUUUACAAUUCCAUGCACUUUGGGAGGAGUGUAUUUUGAAAAAGCACUCUGCGAUUCUGGAGCUUCAAUAAAUUUGAUGCCACUUUCUAUCUUUAGAAAAUUGGAUCUUGGUGAAAUGAAGGACAUAAGUGUUUCUCUUCAAUUUGCAGAUCAAAGUACUAAGAAACCUAAGAGAAUAAUUGAAAAUGUGUUUAUAAGAGUAGAUAAGUUUGUUUUCCCUAUAGAUUUUAUAGUACUUGAAAUGAAAGAAUGUCCUGAUGAACCAAUUAUUUUGGGUAGACUAUUUCUUGCUACAGAUGAAUAUAGAGAUGAUCAAUUAACUCCAGACCCAAUGGAAAGAUGUUUGGCCAAAUCAGGCAUCAUACAAGAUGAUGAUUCCAUCAUCAGAAAAGAAGCUGAAAUAUUGGAAAAAGAUUCUGAGGAUCAGGAGAUGCAACGAGAAGAAGUUCAACCAAAAAUUGAACUCAAAAUUCUCCCAUCUCAUUUAAAAUAUGCUUAUCUUGAAAAAGAACAAUGUCCAGUGAUUAUUUCAUCUUCUUUGACUCAGAACAAGAAGAACGAUUAA